UGUUUGACUGUUAUAUUAAAAUAGAAAAAUCAUGUUCCCAUUUAAAAUAAAAAAAUUUUGAAUUUUAAAUGUUUAGAAAUUUAUUUAAAUAUGUAAAAUAAUAAUUUACAUUUAUGAGAUUUUAAAAUGAUUCUAUUAUGAUAAUGGUUUCUUUUUUUUAUUUCGCGAAAAAUCUUAAAAAAAAAAAAAAAAUUGUGAAUUAUGGAAAAAAUUAUUGUUAAAUAUAUAUGUUAUAUAAUUAUAUUAAUAAUUUAUAAUAAUAAUAGUAAUGAAUAUUUAUGUCGAGCUGAAAAUAUGAAUAUUUUGGGUAUUGUAACAUCAACAUCAAUAUCAAAUCAUAUACAUGCUUUAGCAUUAUUUGAUUAUUUGGCAGCAACUGGAAAUUCUGUGACAGUAAUAAGCCCAUUUUCUCAGACUCGUAGAAUUAAUCAUAUUAGUUUGGAAGAUUUAUUAGAGGAGAAUGCCAAAGAUAAGACACCGCAACAACAAUUUCCAAACUCUAAUCAAAAUGAUUUAAUGAAUAACAAAGAAAUAAAAUAUUUUAAUUUAUACAAUAAAUAUAAAAAAGGUUUAGAACGUACUGCAACAGUUGUACAACAUAAAAAUUUCACUGAACUUAUUAUGAUACGUCGUCCACCCUUAUUUAUAAAUCUUAUCAUAUUGGACUAUGACUACAAUGAAGCUUUGAUAGGUUUGGGUGCUAUUUAUAAUUGUCCAGUUUUCAUAUUAUCAAAAGGUGAACCAAGAGGCUUAAUUGAUCCAUUAUAUAUGUUAUCUUCUACUAAUAGUGAUAAUGAGAAUUGGUUUGAUAACAUUAGUAAUGCUUUUGAUUUGAUGAUGGAAAAAUUUUAUGUUAAUUAUAUUUAUUUCAAAAAACAUGAAAAACUAUUUAAUCAAUUUAAUUUUCAUCAAAAAAAUUUAAGUUUUUCGAAAUUAUUGGAACAACAUUUAUCAAAAAUAUUUAUAACAUCGAUAUCAAUACAAAAUCCAUUCAUAACUAUAACUGAUAACGAAGACGUGACUGGUUUCCAUAUUAAUGAUAGAAGGCAAUCUUAUCUACAAAAAUCCUAUAUAAAUAAAUUUCCGGAAACACUUGAAAAUUUCAUACAUUCAUCAAAUAAUGGUAUUAUUUAUGUAUCAUUUGGUAAUGAUUUUAUGCGAAAUAUUUCCGAAAAUCAAAUUAAUAAAAUUAUAAUGGUACUUAAAAGAAGAAAAGAAAAAAUUAUAUGGUCAUGUAAUGGAGGAGAAAAUUUAAAAAAAAAUUUAUUAAAAUCACAAUUAUUGCAACCAAUAACAAAAUUUUAUAUAUCUGAUUGGUUACCACAAACAACAAUAAUGGAACAUUCAAAUAUUAAAUUAUUUUUAACAAAUUGUGGUCAUUUAAGUUUAAUUGAAAGUAUUUAUUUUGAGAUACCAAUUUUAGGAUUACCAUAUACAAAUGAUGAAAAAAUUUUAUGUAAUAAUAUUAUAAAUAAUUGGAGAAUUGGUGAAAUUUUAUAUUAUGAAAAUUUUACAAUUUAUGAAAUGAAUAAAACAAUUGAAUAUAUAUUAGAUAUUAAUUCAAAAUUUUAUAUGAUAAAUGUACAAAAUAAAUCAUUGCAAAUUAAUGAUAAAAUAAUUUCAACAAAGAAAUUUAU